AUGAGCAACUCAAUCUCCGAUAUCAUACAGGACUCACCUUUGGGACAAGCCUUACGCUUCGUUACCAAAGGCAAACUUUUCGCCUUUCCCGAAGAUGACCCAAACUUCAAGAUCCCGUGGGAAAUAGCCUCUGUCAGUGAGAAAGAGGAGGAAAUCGAAGCAGGGUCCGUUCUUCCCGCCAGUCGAGUAGCCAGUCAUCAAACCAGCCCGCCUCUAUCCCACCGCCCUUCGAAUGUCGAUGAAAAGGACGACGACAUCGAAUCUCGCGUCCCUGGUCUAACUACGAUACCAACGACACACUCGUCCGCUGCACAUAGUGCCAUCGGUCCCAUCACCACGCGCACCCUGACACGAGAGAGGACGAUUCCAUAUUCUCGAGAACGGUUCGAAGUCGAGGAGCAAGAAGCCAUUGAGAGGCGUGAAAGCAGCAUCAUCGUACCGCAGAGAACAUCCGAUGGAGUCAUCCUGGUCGACUGGUACACUACAGAUGAUCCAGCUAAUCCACAAAAUUGGAACAGCUGGAAAAAGGCCUGGGCUGGUCUUAUCAUCUUCCUGUACACUUUUGCCGUGUACAUGGCUAGUGCCAUCUACACUUCCGCAGAGGGUAUGGUCAUGGAGAAGUUUGGUGUUGGCCAGAGCAAAGCAUCCCUCGGGUUGAGUAUGUACGUGAUUGGCUACGGGAUAGGACCGAUGCUCUUCUCUCCACUGUCGGAAAUUCCCAUCAUCGGUCGAAACAUCCCGUACAUCAUCAGUUUCGGGUUGUUCGUGAUCCUCUGCAUUCCCACCGCUCUUGCCAACAGCUACGCGACACUUUUGGUCAUGCGGUUCUUGACAGGAUUCAUGGGAAGCCCGUGUUUGGCUACAGGAGGUGCGACCAUGGGCGACAUGUACGGGCUCCUCAAGCUCCCGUACGCACUCACCGCGUGGGUCGCAGCAGCGUUCAGUGCCCCUGCGCUUGGUCCACUGUUGUCUGGCUUCUCCGUUGUUGCCGAGUCAUGGCGCUGGGCACUCUGGGAAGUAUCGUGGUGCGCAGCGCCAAUCUUCGUCAUGAUGUUCGUCUCCAUGCCCGAGACAUCGGCUUCGAACAUUCUGCUCCGUCGGGCUCAGCGUCUUCGCAAACUCACCGGCAACCCGAACCUGAAGUCCCAGGGUGAGAUUGAUCAAGGAAACAUCAGUUUCAAUGAAGUCGCAAUCAAUCAACUUUGGAAACCCAUUGAGAUCUGCAUCAAGGAUCCAGCGGUGCUGUUUACGAAUGUCUACACGAGCUUGAUUUAUGGAAUCUAUUAUUCCUUCUUCGAGGCGUUUCCCCUGGUCUACCUCUACAUUUACGACUUCAACAUCGGCGAAAUGGGCGUAGUCUUCACUUGUAUCGUCGUUGGAUGUAUUUUCGGAAUCAUCAUCUACGUGUCGUACGUCUACUGGUAUCUCGAGCCGGAUAUCAAGAAGAACGGACUACGCGCACAGGAACACAGAUUGGUCCCGGCCUUGUUCGCUGUCACGCUCAUGCCUGCAGGUCUGUUUUGGUUCGGGUGGACAUCGAAAGAGAGCAUCCACUGGAUCGUGAGCGUGAUCGGAAUUACGUUUUACGCUGUCGGGGCCUUUAUACUGUUCCAAUGUAUAUUCAUGUACCUGCCCCUCACGUACCCUCAGUACGCGGCCAGUUUGUUCGCGGCCAACGACCUGAGCCGGUCCAUGCUCGCGGCCGGAGCCAUCAUCUUUGCACACCCGCUGUACGAGAAUCUGGGCAUCGGGCGCGGAAUCAGCAUCCUGGGAGGCUUGCUCGGUGGUGGUGUCCUGGGCAUUUGGGCCUUGUGGUACUUCGGUGCAAGCUUGAGGGCAAGGAGUAAAUUUGCCGUCCAAUAG